CCACCUCUGAGCGCCUCUAAAACAUUUCUUCACUCGUUCACGCCGCUCACGCAAGCCAGUCUGCAGGAGGUGGACGAAGGCAACGGCAGCAGCUCCUCUCUGAUCUUUCCCGUCCGUGGCUCAAGCAGGAUGGUGUGGGUAGCCCUGGCGGUGGUGGCGGUGGUGGCAGCGGUGGUGCUGGUGGUCAGGAGCCGCGUGGACGACAGGGACAUGCCGCCGGGCCCCAAGGGACUCCCGCUCAUUGGCAACGUCCUCGACCUGUUGAAGGAGGAUUCAGUAACUUAUUUCACGAGACUGGCACAGGAGUACGGACCCCUCUACAGCGUGCAGCUCGGGGCGCGACGGUUGGUGGUACUCAAUUCAUCCCAGUGGCUUAACCAGGCCUUCGUUAGGCAGGGGGAAAUGUUCAACCACCGGCCCCGCGGCACCGUACUCAGCUUCAUCAUGGGCGGAAAGGGUAUUGCCGACGCUGAAGGUAUGAAGUGGCGCGACAGUCGCCGCUUCACCCUGCACGUUCUGAGGGACUUUGGCAUGGGUAAGCGUUCCGUGGAAAAUUACGUCAACAGGGAGCUCCAGGACUUCAUGGUGAUGACACAGAAGAGCGUGGGUCGUGCCUACAACCCACACUACGACCUGGCCACAUCCGUGCUAAACGUUGUGUGGCAUAUGUUCGUGGGCCAGCGGUUCGAGAUGGGAGACAAGACCCUGCGGUGGAUCGUGGACUCCCUGGAGCUCUCCCUCACGCUGGUGGAACAGGGCGGCUUCCUCAACUACAUGCCGAUGCUGCAGUUCGUCGGCACCUUCUUCACGCUCCGGGCAUUGAAAGUUGGCAGGAACGUCUUGUACCGCCUCUCUUACAUAUCAGACCUGAUCGCCAAGCACAAGGCAACUCUGGACGACCCGGACCGAGACUCAGACCUUAUGUACGAAUUCCUCCAGCAGCAGCGGAAGGACCUACGCCAGGGCAAAUCUGACACAAUUUUCACGGACAACCAGCUCAGGUGGCUGUUGAGUGACCUGUUCAUCGUGGGCCUAGACACCACGGUCACCACGUUGCGCUGGUGCUUCCUCUUCCUGGUGCGCGAGCAGGACGUGCAGCGGAGAGUCUUCAAGGAACUGGAGGCGACGAUUGGCUUAGACCGCCAGCCCACGUACGAGGACCGCCUCAAGAUGCCCUACAUUGAGGCUUUUAUCAACGAGGUGUUCCGGUUCGGCACCAUCACGCCCCUGGCAGUGCACGCUACCCCCGAGGAGACCACCCUGGGGGGCUACCGUAUACCCAAGAGGACGUGGGUCAUUGGAAACCUGUACGGCAUCCACUGGGACAAGAAGUUGUGGGGCGACCCGGAGAACUUCAGACCGGAGAGGUUCCUGAAUGAGGCCGGCGAAUUUGUCCGAUCUGAGCAUGUGCUGCCGUUUUCUGUGGGUCGGCGCAACUGCUUGGGCGAGUCGCUGGCCAGGAUUGAAACUUUUCUCUUUCUCACCUCGAUGCUCCAGAAGUACGAGUUUGGGGUUCCGGAGGGAUUCGAGAAACCCUCCACGAGCUUCAGGUGCGGCGUGACCCUAAACCCUAACGAGUACCACGUCAAGCUUAUCGAGAGGAACCCAGUUAUCAUGCCCUGAAGGAAAUUAUGCAAGAGGCAGCGUCCGAAAUGAGGCGUCUGUCAUUUGUUAUUUUGGUGUUUGUACUGACGACUCUUGCUGAACUCGUAUUCUGAAACGCUUUGCUUUCUCAUCACGAUACCUUUCAACUGCCAUAGGCAUGAUUAGCUUGGUUCUCAUGAGUAUUUCUUCCAUUGGUAAUGUAGUAAAACUUAAUAACACAUCAAUAAAACCAUAAAAUAGAA